AAUGAUACCGAAAGAAUCGCAAUGCGGGUCUAUCCAGGCUGGUGACUCAUUCUGUUUUAUUCCGUAAGAGUGUGUAAUUCACGUAAGAUAUUUAAUUACAAAGCUGCUGAGAGUUCGUAUUGCCAAAAAUGUUAGUUUCCCCGUCAUCGCAAAAUGACAGGACCUUUUCCCUUGGUGGGAGUUGAACAGUGCUCGUGGUUUCAUCAUGUUCGAUUACUAUUUUGAAUAUCUAAACUAUUUCGCUAUGAUUUACGAAUAAUUCUACUUGUGUUCGUACCACGAUUUAGCGAGUGACGCUGUAACACCUCAACGCUCAGCCACCAUGUCAGUUUGCUUAGAGUCGAGCAGGUCCCGUGACGGUCUGAAGCUGCCUCUGCUCAACAGGAGUAAAAGUGAACCCGGUCCUCCUUCCUUGAACGUGUUAACGUCAACACCACCGAAACGUUGCAAGCUGGAGACCUCAAGUGUCAGCCUUCCUGCCAGUCCAUGUGCGGAAAGUUCCUCCCUCCAGAGAAGUCUCAUCUUGAAGAAGGUUAGAUGCCUGGAUGCCGAUGGACUGAAGCAGAAACUGGACAUCGCAAGACCCAGGAAUUUCGUGUUGUUGGACUGCAGGUCUUUCACAGCUUUCAACCUGAACCAUAUCACCGGAGCUAUAAACGUGAACUGUCUGGAUAGGUACAACAGGAAGAGGCUGCAACGAGGUAAGGCCACCCUGGCCGAUCUGGCUUCUACCAGAGAUAGCAAGGAGACCCUGAGGAAGAUGGCGUACAAGGAAGUGAUUGUAUAUGAUGAAGCUACCAACGAUAAGGAUAGAAUAACCACGACACAUCCGCUGUUUCUGGUGUUAUCUUCAAUAGUGGAGGAAAACAAGGAACCUACGCUCCUUUUAGGAGGUCAUCGAGAUUUUUCGAAAAAACACAGGGACCUAUGCGAGGAAGUGGUGACGAGGGGUCUGUCAACAUCCGCAUCCUGUCCCACCCUCGAGGACAUAGACUCCCAUCCGGCCUCGAGACUGCUACCCUUCUUGUACCUGGGCAACAGUAAGGAUGCCGCAGAUUUGUCCUGCUUGCAAGAUCUGGGAACCACGUGCGUCCUCAAUGUAACCUCGCAGCUUCCCGGAUAUCACGAAGAAAGGGGCAUCAAGUACAAACAGAUACCCGCAUCGGAUUCCGGCCACCAGAAUCUGAAACAGUAUUUCGAGGAGGCUUUCGAUUUCAUUGAAGAGGCAAGGAAAAAUGGUACAAGAGUGCUGGUACAUUGUCAGGCGGGAGUAUCAAGAAGCGCGACCAUAGCUAUAGCUUACAUCAUGAAAUACAAGCAAAUGUCCAUGGUGGAAGCAUACAAACUUGUCAAAACAGUGAGGCCCAUAAUAUCGCCGAACCUGAAUUUCAUGGGUCAACUUUUAGAACUGGAAGAAAGUUUGAGAAGUAGCAACAACAAUUUGCAAUAUAGAUGGAGAGAGAAAUCAAACGAAGAAGUGUCGCAAGAAUGCAGUGUGUAAUUUUUUUUUAAAUUUAUCAUAAUCAUGAAUCAUGUUCCGUAUUUCUUAGUCAUUAGUUGGCCAUAAGAGUCGUGUUCUAGUCUGUAAAAGUGGAGUAAAUGGCUGUGUAUAAUAUUUUUUUCCACGUUAAUUUAGAGUUUUUUUUUUUAUUUCAUAGGAUCAGCAUGUCUAUUUUUUUAUACAUUUGGUGACGAGUCAUGCAGAAGUAUCAUGACACCUAUUCUGAGACAAAUCGAAGAGAAAUAUUAAAAAUGAUAAUGAGAUUUCAUCGAAUUUCGCCGAUGAAAUGUAUUUUACAUAAUAUGUAUCUUAAAAAGCAUUUAUGCGAGCACUACUAAUGGUCCAAUUUUAGAUACAUCUAUUUUUGUAAAUUAUCAAAAACAUCUCGAAACUAAUGUGUGUAAUCCCUGGAGCAUAUAAGUUUUAGAAAUAUUUACUGAUUCUUCAAAGCUAUUUACUGCUUCCAUUCAAAUAUAUAUGAUCCAUCUUAUAACAUACCUAUUCAUUUUUCUUUCCUAGAUGAGUAGUCCAGACUCCAGUUUGGAUAAAUGUCAUAAAACGUUUAAAAAUCUUGCAACAAGCAUUUCAAAUGUUUUUUCUUUCAUUUCGUGAAUAGAAGACAGCCAAUAAGGCUCAAUUAUAGUUUUCACUCCAAACCUUUUCAAACUAUUCUGUUACUACGAAUAUGAUGAGCAGUAAAAUGUGAAUACAUUUAUCAGUAAAUAUUUUCUGUUAUCAAAACAUUGAAAAAUCGAAUUGAAUUCAGAUUGUUGGAAAUCUCCUAAGCCUAAUAGAUUCUUAAACAUCUAUCUCUUCAAGACUGAGUGUACAUUAAUGUUAAAUAUUUAUAAAAGUCUAGAAAUUAAUGAGUAGUGUACUUGGAGCUUUUAUUUAUUAUUCAUACUUAUCACUAAUAAUAAUUAUUAAGUAUCGUUGUGUUAUUGCCAUAUUACCAAGAAAGUAUACAUUCGUCAAGUAAAUGAACAAUGUGUAUUAUUAUUUAUUUCGAUGAGAUAGAUUAUCAUUAAUUUGUAGCAGGUUGAAGUUUGAAUGAUUCACAACAAUAUCUAUAUAUAGAGAUUGUAUAAAUAAGGGAGUUCUUGAUGCAAAUCUAUAUGUAAAAGAAUGCCUUUCAAGUUUUACGUACAUACCUUCUUUUCACUGAAAAUCCGAGAGGGAAUAUUCCCUGAAUUAUUUUUCAACAUGAUUUUUUUUUGCUUUCAUGUAGAUACUAGUUGAAACGCUUAUACUGCGAUAGUACUUUCUCCAGAAUACUUUUAUUGAAAUUAAUACAUUGAAGAAGCAUAUAACUUUGCAUCGAAUAUAAACUCUUUACUUCUGCAUUAUUUUGGGUGUAUAGUAUAAAGGAUGGCUAUGAUUGGUUUUAUUCUCAGGUAGGAAAAUUCGACAAGAUUUUUUUCAGCUCUAAUAAGGAGCCAAAUACCAGAGUAAAGAUAAUUUUUUUUAUUUAGCACCCCGUCUAUGUAUGUAGGAAUUAGUGAAUAAUAACCACAUUUCAAAAAUGUGUGCCUUUACUCUAUAUUGUUAAGGCCUGUAUUAUGAAUUUGUAUAUAUAUAUACUCCUUAUGAAAAAAUGAUUAUUUACAUAAAUGUUACAAAUA